AUGUCCGACGACCCCUUUCGCAACAUGACACCCGUCACCGCACGCUCCAGCGUCGUCCCCUCCGAAUCCAUCACUCUCCGGACCGUUUCUCCCACCAGUCACUUCUCGAGCGGCAACCGCAAACUUCGGCUCCGCAUCGUCACCCGACAUCCUCUGCCCGAGCAUCAUUUUCUCGCCCCUUUCGAUCCCAACGAUUUUCAAUGUUUCGCCAAGCUGAAACACUUUGUUCACGCACAUCUGGUGGCUCGCUCAAAAGGAGCGGCACAAAGCGGAUUGAUGGAUGGCAUCACUCAGGACGCGCUCGAAUUCCAAAUGGACAGCUUUGAAGUGCCAAACGACCCAGAGAUUUUGAGGGAUGGUGACACCGUCGAGGUUGUCGUUGACCCGGAGAGUGCGAUGCAGGCUGGCCGGAAUGGGGAGAUUGCGAUGAUGCAAAGUGAAGCGGAUGAACGUGACGAAGACGAUUCGCAGGACGAGGACCAUGAUGAUGACAAUGCGGACCCGCUCGAAUUCAGCGCGGCGGAUGCUGAAGAGCGAGAUGCUCUUUUGGAGGCGAAUCGCCUUGCUGCACUGCUUCGUUCCGGUAUCCAUAAGAUGUCAGACGACCAGUACGACGACUUACCCAGUCGGCUGCAUGCAGAGGUUGACGAUCUGCCCCGCAUGCCUGGACCAUCUAACCUCAACUCGGUCCCUGCUCUCAAGACCAUCAGGCCUACCGUGUCCAAAACAUCCAUUCCAGAACGAGCGUCGGUUCCAACGCUACCACUCAUGCCCCCGUCGCUAGCGCUUGGUGGAGGUGCGGCAUCAGCGAUGGCUGCUUUUGAAGCAAAGAGAAAGCAGAUGCAGGCGUCAUCAUCGUCAGCUCAGUCAAGACCACCCCCGCCGAUGACGCCCGCAAGAGGCGCUACCGCUUCCGGCAGCAAGAGAAAUCUGAAGCGAGAUCGGUCGUCUUCUUCGUCGUCGAGCAGCUCAAGCAGCGAUAGCAGCUCGGAUUCAGAGUCUGACUCUGAUUCAGACUCAAACUCGGACUCGACAGAUUCCUCGAGCGAAUCGGAAUCUGAGUCAGAUUCUGCAUCCUCCGAUUCAGAUUCUCAGAUAUCCGACGGCUCUUCCGACUCAGCUCCUUCAGUACAGGCAACACAUUCGGAUCGACCGCGUCAGAUGAUCAAUGCAUCCGCUCAGAGGCCAAAGUCUCCGGCUCCGGUGCCACCUGGUCAGGGUCUCAACCGGACCAAACGACGCAACGCGAUGCGGCGAAUGAAGGCCAAGGAGCAGCGAGAAACGGAAAACACCCUUAGAUUUCUGGAGGCACGAGAACGUGCCGCGUCGCGAGAGAACGGCGAAGACCACGUUGGCGAAGCCGAUAGAGUGGGCUGGAUUGAGGAUCGUGAGCCGGCAAUGCUGCAGAUCAAAGGCACCAGUGGCCUUGCGCAGAGCAAUGGUAUCAAUGUGUCGAGUGACGGAGACAUGCCUCCUGGAGGAGGAAGCUUUGGCAUGGAGGAGUCAAGUAUCACAACUGAAAGACCAGCCGAGACUAGAAAGAGGAAGCGUACGGAUGAGACCGCAGCUACCAUCGAGGAGAGCGGCCCUCAAGUGCAACGGUUGGGACCAAGGUGGCAAGACAUGCAGCCCGGUCAAGCGCCUUACGGCGGAGCAAUUCCAGCCAACGUACUAAUCCGACACAUCGACUGUCAAGCGUUCUACGACGACCAACUGGCGAAAAUGGAAGCCGAAGCGGAGAACACGACGGAAAUGCCCUCCGAACAGCACGAGGAAGAGCCAAUAGAAGAUCGAAGGGAAGAGCAAGAAGCACAAUCAGAAGAGCAAGUGGAAGCAGAAGUGGACGCACCACCCCAAGCACAUGAGGAAGAACAACCGGAAGAUCAGCCACGUCGUCGCCGAAGCGAAAGGAUACGCGGCAUCCACAGUCAGCGACGGCAAGAACUUGAGGACGCCGCUGAAGCUGACCGAGCUCGCAAAAGGAUCAAAAUCGAGGAGGUCACCCCGGCGCUCGGGACGCCCGUUCCAGUUGACGGCCCCAACGAUAUCCGCUUCAGUCCCAAGGAUCCUCCUGGAGACAAUGAAGAUUUCGACAUUGACAUAAUUUGGCAAGAGCUCGUGCUGGGCGACUAUCAUCCAUCAGACAUUGCGCUCUCGGAACGAGUUCAUGCACCUGUGGUACCAUGGUCCGAGCUCAGAGCAGGGGUCGGAAUCUUAUGGCAGGAACUGGCGUUGCAUCCUGAGCGAAACACUCCGGAGAUGCUGUGGCACGCUGGCGUUGUAAGCAGUUGCAGGCCUUUGGACGCAGAAGGUAGAAGACAUACCAAAGUUGAAGGGAUGGGACCAUUCGAGGAGAACAAGUGGCGAGACUACGAAGAUUACGACUGUCCGCGUUGGAGAGCACACUGGACGACGGAAGAGGAAUAUCCAGCACUGGUGUAUCGCUUCGGUUAA